UAUAGGCUUUACUUCUCAAUGUUCUCUUUUUUAGUAAGAAUUUUGUAAUUUUUGUAAUUACCAUAUAACUUACUGAGAUCCUAUACUGUUUUAGUCUUAUAAAAAUAUUUACAAAACUGUAGGAUCGAAGUGCAACGUGGAAUGCAAACCUUAAACUGUAUGUCAAUAAUCUGGUGAAAUAAUUUUGGGCCCCUAGACGCAAUUUUUAACAUAAACGUUGAUUUCAUGUAGAGAUGUUUUCAUUGUAAAAUUGUUUCCCUAUUUUAUACCUAUCUGUUUUCAGAAAAUAAUGUAUAUUAUCUUACAUUCAUAUGUACUUUUAACUCUUUAAAUUUAUAAGGUUAUUCGUAAAAUGUUACAAUAUAUUAUAUAUGGCAAUUAAUUUUUGUAAUUUUCUACUUUAUAAAAAUGAAUGAAAGAUUCAAACAACCAGUUUUAUAUGCUGGAAAAGUUGAUUAUGAUGUUGAUUUAUCGAAACCCCCUACAACUGGUGAGGAAUACAUUAAACGAGUCAUGUUUGAGGCUCAACAAUGUGAAGAAGUUACAUGUGCUACAAUAGAUGAAACUCGCUUGAAAAAACCCACACUGGAUGUCAGACCGUUACCAGAGUGUACUAAAGCCCCUGAUUAUGUGAACCCACCAAUGGAAUGGCAGAAAUCACAAGUAGCCGAUUUUUCAGAUAUCAGACUAUAUAUAGCUCAAAUUAGAAAUGAAAUAAUUGAGGGAAAAAGAUCUAGAAGAGUAUCAAACAUUAAAUUGCCACAUGCUAGCAACAAAAAUGGUUGGAUUGACACUUGUAUCAAUACAGCUGAAAAUGCUUCAUACAUUGAACCAACGCUGACAACAAUACUUGAAUUAAGUCAGCCAACAAUUGAACAAGUUCUAGAAUAUUUGGUAGAAUUUUUAGAAGAUCAAAGAUUUAUUGAACCUCAAUUAGGCAGGUGGUUGUAUGCACUUUUAGCUGCUUUAGAAUUACCAUUGCAUCCAGACGUAUGUUCGUGUUUGAGAUCUUUAGCAAGGCUUUGUUCAAAUAAACGUUCACAAUUGGAUUUUUCUCAAGCAAAUGAAGCUCUCUCAUUGAAUCUGUUUAUCUGCCUAGUAGCCAGGUAUUUUCGACAAUUGGAUUUAGCAGACCAAUAACAAACUUAGUGUCUCAGUUGGAUUGAACAAUAUUAUUUAAUUUAUA